UCAACGACCAGCAGCUCCCUGCUUGGAAUGAACACCAACGGCUCGGAUGAGUAUUUCCAGUCUACAAACCAUGCAGAGCAAACUUUCCGCAAAAUGGAAAGCUAUCUGCAGCAGAAGCAGCUGUGUGACGUUCUUCUCAUAGUUGGUGACCAAAAGAUUCCAGCUCACAGGUUGGUUCUCAGUGCAGUGUCCGAUUAUUUUGCUGCAAUGUUCACUAACGAUGUGCGGGAAGCAAAACAAGAGGAGAUCAAGAUGGAGGGAGUAGACCCUGAUGCGCUGAAAGCUUUGGUGCGUUAUGCCUACACAGGUAUUCUAGAGUUAAAGGAAGACACUAUAGAAAGUUUGCUAGCUGCAGCUUGUCUUCUCCAGCUAUCCCAGGUUAUUGAGGUAUGCUGCAACUUCCUCAUGAAGCAGCUCCAUCCUUCCAACUGCCUGGGGAUCCGCUCUUUCGGAGAUGCUCAGGGCUGCGCAGAGCUCCUGAAGGUGGCACACACGUACACGAUGGAACACUUCACAGAAGUAAUAAAAAACCAGGAAUUUCUUUUACUUCCUGCUAAUGAAAUUGCAAAGCUCUUGUCUAGCGAUGACAUCAACGUUCCAGAUGAAGAAGCCAUUUUCCAGGCCUUGAUGAUGUGGGUGAGGCACGAUCUGCAAAACCGGCAACGAGACCUAGGAAUGCUUCUCUCCUAUAUUAGACUUCCUCUACUUCCACCUCAGUUACUAGCUGAUCUAGAAAACAGUCCAAUGUUUGCAGACGACCUAGAGUGUCAGAAACUUCUUAUGGAGGCUAUGAAGUACCACCUGCUACCAGAAAGACGGUCCAUGAUGCAGAGUCCUCGAACUAAGCCUAGAAAAUCUACAGUGGGUGCACUUUAUGCUGUAGGAGGUAUGGAUGCCACUAAAGGUACCACUACAAUUGAAAAGUAUGACCUUAGGACUAACAGUUGGAUACAAAUUGGUACUAUGAACGGCAGACGACUGCAGUUUGGAGUUGCAGUAAUUGACAACAAGCUUUACAUUGUGGGAGGAAGAGAUGGUCUGAAAACUUCUAACAUUGUCGAGUGUUUCAACCCUAUCACCAAAGUUUGGACUAUAAUGCCUCCUAUGUCAACACACAGACAUGGCCUAGGAGUAGCAAUGCUUGAAGGUCCAAUGUACGCUGUUGGUGGCCAUGAUGGAUGGAGUUACCUUAAUACCGUAGAAAGAUGGGACCCACAGGCACGGCAAUGGAAUUACGUUGCUAGCAUGUCAACCCCUAGAAGCACUGUAGGGGUUGCAGCAUUAAAUAGCAAGCUGUAUGCUGUUGGUGGACGAGACGGGAGCUCCUGCUUAAAAUCGAUGGAAUGUUUCGAUCCGCACACGAACAAGUGGAGCAUAUGUGCUUCCAUGUCCAAGAGAAGAGGUGGUGUUGGUGUUGCAACAUACAAUGGGUUUUUGUAUGCUGUGGGAGGUCAUGAUGCACCUGCUUCCAACCACUGUUCUCGACUUUCUGACUGUGUGGAAAGGUAUGAUCCUAAAACAGAUGCCUGGACAACAGUGGCCCCCUUGAGCGUACCUCGGGAUGCUGUUGGAAUUUGUCCUCUGGGGGACAGAUUAUAUGCUGUUGGGGGCUAUGAUGGCCAUACGUACCUGGAUACCGUGGAGUCCUACGAUGCUCAAAAUAACGAGUGGACAGAGGUAACAGGAAGAAUUACCUGA